AUGGUGCCCCCUUCUCCUUUUGCAGCUAAUGGUGUUAGUCCUGCUGCUGCUGCUGCAGCAGCAGCAGCAGUAACAAGCAGCAGCGAUAACAACAGCAGCAGCAGCAGCAGCAAUAUUCCCCCUUUGCUGCAUGCAUUAGUAGGACUUCCUUCAAUGGAGGAAUUUAAAGAAAGAAUAAAAUUGGAGAAAUUUGCAGAAAAAUUAAAAAAUGCAAAAAAAAAUUCACAAAAAAAUAUUGAGCUACAUAAGCCUCUUGUUCAACGUCUAAAAGCAGAACUAGAGUGUUUAGACACUGCGCUUAAGGACAUCCUGGAGAAAGAAGAGGCUUUGAAGCAGCGGAUGCCGUUUGCGUCCAGCAGCUCCUAA